ACCUUUAACAAAAACUUACCAGGAAGUUGUGCGUUCUGUUUUUACUUCUUCAACAUCUUCCUCUGGAGCUAGCAGAAGACAGACUAUGAAGGACUUGCAGGAGGAAUUCUCAAACUUGUACAACAACAUUCGGUUGUUUGAAAAGGGAAUGAAGCAUUUUACAGAUGAGACUCAGAGUAACCUUGCCAAGCACUUGCUGAAGACUGUGUGUACAGACAUUACCAACCUGAUUUUCAGCCUCUUAGCAUCUGAUUCAAUGAUGACAACAGAGAACUACACUACGAUCACAAGUGAGGGCAGGGCCAAGAUUUUAGGGAAACUGCCAGAAGACACCAAAGGGCCUUUAACUAAACUGCACAAUUCCCUGAAUGGCAAGAGUGUAGAUGACUUUCUUUCAUGCCUUGAUUCUGCAGUGGAUAUUUGUGGUAUUAUGGUGAAAAAAGGAGACAAAAAGAAGGAAAGGCAAGUCCUGUUUCAGCACAGACAUGCUCUGAUUGAACAGCUCAAAGUCACAGAAGAUCCAGCCCUUGUUCUGCACCUGACAUCAGUGCUGUUAUUUCAGUUUUCAACCCACUGUAUGCUCCAUGCACCAGGAAGAUCAGUCCCACAGAUCAUUCAUUUCCUAAGUGGCAAGAUCCCAGAGGAUCAGCAUUCUCUUUUAGUCAAGUACCAGGGAUUAGUAGUGAAACAAUUGAUCAGCCAGACUAAGAAAACUGAACAUGGAGACAGUGAGACAACAGAUAACAUGGAAGAGGAGGAAGGAGCAGAUGCCAUUCGAAAAGAGCUCCAGGAAGUCACUACCUCUAUCAAAGAUCUUGUUCUCAGACCUAGGAAAUCUUCUGUAACAGAGGAAUAA